AUGUCCAACGAGCAGAUCAUUACUUUAACCUACCAAGAUCGCGUCGCGAUCAUCACUCUCAACCGGCCCGACAAGCUGAACGCCCUGAACCAGGACCUCUACUACCUCCUCGGUGAACGGCUUCGUGAGGUCGAUGCGCGCGACGAUAUUUCAGUCACCGUCCUCACAGGCACAGGCCGAUUCUUCUCUGCCGGCGCAGACGUGACAAGCUCCCGACCAAGCGGCGACCUAAACUCCAGCAUCCGCCGGGACCUAGUCCGCAACUUCGUCUCGAACAACGUAGACGUAACCCGCACAUUCUACAACCACUCCAAAAUCCUCGUCGUCGCCCUUAACGGACCAGCCGUCGGCCUCUCCGCCGCACUCGUCGCCCACGCCGACUUUAUCUACGCCACACCCCAUACCUUCAUCCUAACCCCCUUCUCGUCCCUCGGCCUUGUCGCCGAAGGCGGCGCCAGCCGCGCCUUCGUGGAGCGUCUCGGCAUCGCCAAGGCCAACGAGGCGCUCAUCAUGAGCAAGCGGAUUCCGUGCGAGGAUCUUGUUUCGACCGGGUUCGUGAAUAAGGUUAUUGAGGCUCCCUCUGGGAAGAAGGAGGAUUCGGAGGGCUUCUUGAAGGCUGUUUUGCAUGAGGUUGAGGAUCGUCUUGGGACGCAUUUGAAUCAGUCUAGUUUGCUCAAGAUUAAGGAGCUGGUUCGUCGGCCUGAGAGGGAGAUUCUUGAUCGCCAGAAUGGGAUUGAGGCAUUUAUGGGCCUUGAGAGGUUCCUUGGUGGUGUGCCCCAGGAGGAAUUCCGGAAGCUUGCUUCUGGUGAGAAAAAGCAUAAGCUGUGA